UAUCUGUGUACUGAUUUGGCUAACUCUUAUUUAUAAGUGUGAACCGACCUGGAGGUUAUAUCACAGUUCCCCAUGUCGCCGGACGGUUAGAGGGGUCUUAUGGAUGGUAUUAAAACUGCUACGCGGCUCAAGGGCUCUUGGUGUUAUUGGUUACUACAGUUUGCUGUCUGGCUGUGUAGCAUUAGUGAUGUGCUGGCUCUGGAGACAGCAACCCCCAGCGACGUCUCUUCAGUUUCUUUGCUAGCUAGCCCACCUAAAAGUGAUAUCUUUAAACCCAUAGACAUAUCACCGGCUGUUAUUCCACAUUAUUCCUUUCCGGGUGGUUCAUUGCCUCCCAUGUAUCCCACCUAUCCAACCACCUACGAGCCAGUAUUGACUGGGCGGUGCCCUGUAAAUUUUUCUGCCAUUUCAAGUAUUAUGGAGAUAACAGCAUCCGACUGUAUCCAGCUGUUAGCAGGAGUAGUUGCUAACAUUAUAUGCUGCCCACAGUUCAAUAGCUUGCUUCACAUAUUCCAGGGAUUCUAUAGCACCACUUCUGAUCAUCUAGUUUUACAAAAUGCAGUCGCCGAUGAUUGUUUUAAAGAUAUUGUCAGUAUAUUAGCCAGCAGAGGAGCAAACAAUUCAGUACCGAUCAUAUGCUCUGCGAAAUCUACUAAUCUGACCGGUGGCUCCUGUCCCGUGAAGGACGUGACCACUUUUGAGAAAACAGUGAAUACAAGCAAAUUGUUAGACGCUUGCAGCACAAUUGAUCCGCUCAAAGAAUGCUGCAGGUCGAUUUGUCAGCCAGCUAUUAUGGAGGCUGCACUCAAAUUAUCCGGAGUUCAAUCGUUCAUGAAUGAUAAUAAAAAUGCAGUUGGACUUUCGAAUAAUGUUGACAUAAUUAAUGAUUGCAAAGGAGUAGUCGUUUCAUGGAUUUCAAGGAAACUUCCUCAUGAAAAUGCAAACAAAGCAUUCAGAAUAUUGUCUGCUUGCAAGGUUAACAAAGCAUGUCCUUUGGACAUGAAACAACCAACGGAGGUAAUUGCUGCAUGCCGCAAUGUUGCUGCACCGAGUCCAUCAUGUUGCAGCUCAGUAAAUACGUAUAUUGCUGGGAUACAGAGGCAAAUGUUGAUAACGAACAAGCAAGCAAUUAUAUGUGCAACCAUGUUUGGCGCAAUGCUGCAGAAGGCUGGUGUGAUGACAAAUGUUUAUGAGCUUUGUGAUGUAGACUUAAAAGAUUUCAGUCUUCAAGCUAAUGGACAAGAAGGAUGUUUGCUCGGGAGCCUUCCUGCGGACAUGAUAUAUUACAACUCGUCUGGCUUCAGCUUCACUUGUGAUUUACGGGACAAUAUUGCAGCACCAUGGCCAUCAUCAUCGUCCAUGACAUCAUUGUCCCUUUGCGCUCCCGAGAUGUCAUUGCCUGCACUACCUACAUCGCAUAAUUUGGGACGCCGCGGAGUUGGGGCAGAUCUCUUUGUUUUGAUUCUUUCAAUUUUUGUGUUUGGUUCCAUACUGUUUUGAUGUUAGCCCUUGUCUGUGAAGAAGAGUUUAGAUUUGUGAUGGGAGCUGCCUUGGUGUAUAUGUUGAGCUGUUAUCAUGUAUAGUAGGAGUAAUAGCUUUCUUCUC